UUGUGAAUAAUAAAUAGGGGCUGGACACGAAUGCGCCGGUUCGUUUGCAGGCAAACAAGGUGUUAUUUCUCUGUCUAGACGACACAAGUUAAUGGCAUGCCAUAAAUACAUAAAAAGGAAAAAUCCCAUGUCUUUGCCAUUUCUGACUAUGCAAAGCAUUGCAGACGUUUGAAAUUUGCCGUUCUUUCCUCACAGCGAUUUCAAUGCUUCUUUAGUAUGAUACCUCAAGCAGUGGCGGUAUUUUUUCUCAUCUUGAAUUUUGCGUUAGAUUCACGACAACGACGGCAGAGCUUUGCUGUCACAAAGGCUUUGUAGAGAUUGCGGGCCUUCGUUUUAGGUCUGUGGUUCUCGAAGGGAAACGAAGACACGUCUUAACAAAAUCAGGAAACAUAUUUCCCACAAGGUCGUCAUAAAAGCACAUUCGAAUGCUGUUCGAAUGAAUUCUGAUCAGUACGACGCAGCCAGUGCACUAGACACUGACCUUGAACUGAAAAGCAACACUUUCAGCGACAUUCGUAAGAAUUCGGACACCACGUUUUCCACUGCAGGAGACCAAGUGGGUGGUACCUUUUGGAGUUCGAGUAAGCUCCGCCACGUGACAUGGAGAUGACCAAUCAGGUGCAUCUCCAGGUUUAACUACGUUAAAUGUCAGAUUGCAAUAAACUAGAAGCUGUUGGUCAGGCCCGCGGAAAUGGGCGAGCAUAAUCUCCUUAAUCCUGGGUUUGUGGGACCUUUGGUAAACAUCCACACUGGAGAUACGUUUUACUUCCCGAAUUUUAGAUCCUCAGGAGGACAACUGGCGGGGCUACCGUCUCUCUCAUACCCAAGAAGGGACAACGUGUGCUCCCUCCCGUGGAAUCCAUCGGAGUCGUGCAAUGGAUAUCCUCAGUCCUACUUUGGUAGCCCUCUGUCCAUUAAUCCAUCUUUCAACCGAUCUUGUGCUGAAACACCCCGACCAGAGGAGAAAUGUUAUUAUGGCGGCAGCGGCGGCAACAGAGAGGCUUGUUCGGACGGCACAGUCAGCCUAAAACGAGAAGAGAGAACAAGGGAGACAUCAGUAUCAUCAGAUCACGGGUUGCACAAUGGGAUGGGCAACAGUACUACCUUCACCAAGUAUGACUAUGGCACCGAACAUCUGACCCCAAACCCGCCGUCCUGUCAGUCUCUCGAAUCCGAUUCCAGCUCCUCGGUGCUCAACGAUGGAGGGAAAAGCUCGGCAAGCGAUGCACAAACCCUGAUAUCGCCUGCAAAUCACACGAGCAAUAUCUCAGCAGGAGGAGGUGCCCCGUGGUAUCCGAUGCACACCCGGACUCGCAAGAAACGAAAGCCCUAUUCUAAACUGCAGCUGGCCGAGUUGGAGGGCGAGUUCAUGCUAAACGAAUUCAUUACGCGGCAACGGCGGAGGGAGUUGUCAGACCGGCUCAACCUCAGUGACCAACAGGUUAAGAUCUGGUUUCAGAAUCGGAGAAUGAAGAAAAAGAGACUGUUGCUGAGGGAACAGGCCUUAACCUUCUUUUAAGUCGCUUAUAAUUAGCACCACACCAAUCAUUCACUGUGGGAAAUAUUGAAACAGUUCAGCAUAAUUCUCAAUAUUUUUCUUAAAAAUGUUUAAUAUUUAUGCAUUUUUCGUAAUAGGAAAAUGCACAAGAAAGCAGAAAUUAUUUCAGGGAAGCGACCAAACCUUAGCAGGAAAAAGUUAUGUUGAUUUCACACUUUGUAUUGUAAUAUAUGUAUUAAAGUGAAUGCAGUGUU